GGCGCUGUGGCUGCAGCAAUGGCCGCCUCAGAAGACCCCAAGGACCAGAGAGCCAGCCCUAACGUCAUGGGCCUUGAGACAGACCUGGAGACCAGCUCAGAGGGGAAGCCAGCCCGCCAUCAGAAGGCCAUCCCCACUGCUCACCUAACUUUCGUCUUUGAUUGUGCACGUGGGAAACAGCUCUGCCUGGCUGCACCCUCAGCACCACCCCGAGCCCCUAGGCCCAACCCAGGACCUGUCACCCCUCCAAUGAAGACCUACAUCUUGUUCUGCGGGGGAAACCAGCCCCAGCAAACUCAUGAGGUCCCCCUGGGUGGGGGGUGCCUUGCCCAGGCGGAGGGUACCUUGCCACCCUCUGGAGGGACUGUGGCCCCAGCUUCCUCCCCGGGCAGCCCACUCGGGUGCCAGGAGGCUCCUGAAGCCAAGGGGAGCCCCUUGAAGACUGUGCCCUCGAGGUCUUCAGCUUGGGGAACAGUCAUAGGCUCGCUCAAAGCCCUCUCCUCCUGCGUCUGUGGACAGGCAGAUUAACUGGAAAGGCCUGGCCACGGGAGGAAGGGGCUGGCAAGCCAGGCUCGGUGCCCAGGGGCUGCAAUUCCCAGAGCCCACUCCCUUUUCCCAGCCAAGCAGAAGCCUUUUGUGCCUGAGCCAAAGAAAGAGCAGUAGAUCAACUGAAGGACAUCUGAAACAGCCACCAAGUACACACUCAAGGGUAUCCUUCCUCCUUCCUCCCUAUCUUUGUCAGCCUUUCAGCAGA